AUGUCAGGAGAUAGUAGUUACACUACGCCGAAUUUUUGUUUAUCCGAAGAAGAUUUGAGAGGCGCGCAAGCAUCGGAUCGUAAGUUUUUCGACGAAAUUCCCGAAUUCUUCAAAAAUAUUGAUUUUUCAGGUUAUUUAAAAGCUAUUGGAGAUGUUCAAAAAGAACUCGCUACGCAACGUGAACAAGUCGAUAAAUUAGUAGAAAGCGUGGAGGAAAUGAAGAAUGGAAUCAAAGGAUUUGAGAAUAAGUUGAAGGAUUCGAAGAAAGCAACAUUGAAAGGAUUUGAAGAGCUCAAGAAGUUAUUUCUACAGAGCCAAAGAAAUGUUUCCACACCUGUUUUAUCGAUAACUGAAGCAUCGACAACAUCAGUGGAACCUAGAAUUUUGAUUGUUGAAGAGGAAGAUAUUGAAGAAUAUGAUGUUUUUGAACUUUCACCGGUAACUCCGCCAAAAUUGAAGAAAAAGCAAGAAGAUGUUGUUGAAACUUCACCGGGAACUCCGCGAGAAUUAGAGAAAAGCUCUGAUGAGCAAGAAGAUCUUUUUGAAGCUUCACCAGAAAUUCCGCAAGAAUUAGAGAAAAGCUCUGAUAAUCGAGAAAAAGAAAAAGAAGAUCUUUUUGAACUUUCACCGGGAACUCCGCGAAAAUUGGUGAAAAUUUCUGAUAAACAAGAUGUUGUUGAAGCUUCAACGGAAAGUCCGCAAACAUUGGAGAAAAGUUCUGUUAGGCAAGAAGAUCUUUUUGAAGCUUCACCGGAAAUUCCGCGAAAAUUAGAGAAAAGCUCUGAUAAGCAAGACGAUGUUUUUGAACUUUUACCGGUAACUCCGCCAAAAUUGAAGAAAAAGCAAGAAGAUCUUGUUGAAGCUUCACCGGAAACUCCGCAAGAAUUAGAGAAAAACUCUGAUAAGCAAGACGAUGUUAUUGAAACUUCACCGGAAACUCCGCGAAAAUUGGAGAACAUCUCUGUUCCGCGUGCAAUUGUAACUGGUAGCGAUGAUGAAGAAGACAAGGAAAAAGAGGAAUCCAGCAGAAAAUCAAGUGUUUCAUCUAAUUCAAGUGUUUUCCGUCGCCCAUUGACGAGUUCAAAAUUGAAAUCGAGAAAAAGAAGAGCAUCAGCAGAUGAAGGAAAAGAAGAAGAGGAUAAACUGUGAGUUUUUAUUGAGUUUAUAUUUUUCUCAGGAUUUUUUUUGUACCCGUUCAGCAUGUUUUGUGCAUUUGUACGCGUUCAGUCCUAUUGGGUACGCUUUCAAACUGAUGCGUGUCCACGUUCAGUCUUUUUUAGCUGUCUUAUAUCAGGAACUGAACGCGUACGAAUGCAAAAAAGGUGCUGAACGGGUACAAAAAAAUUCCUGAGUUGUUCAUAGCUUGAAAACGAAUUAUAAUAAUUAAUUAUUUCAGCGAAAAAAGCGAUGAUGAUCUAUUCGUUUUUGGACCAGGUAAAGUCGUAAUAGCCGCCUUGCAAAAAACUGGAGCAUGGUUGUGCAACGUCUGCCCAAAGACUGGAAAAACAAAAGAAGAAAUUGGCGAACAUCAUAAAAUGGUUCAUACUGGAGUGAGUUUGACUUUUUUUUCGCAAAUAAAUAAAAAUAUUCAAUUUAUGUUUUGUAGGAAUAUACCACGAUAACAAACCGCAGAGACAGGGCGAAGAGGAUGUCAUCAAAUCACAAUCUCUGUGAAUAA